GGUAGCAGAGUAGCUGCAGCGGCGGUGGCUUCACCCGGGAGGCCAGAGAGGCUGGGGAGGCCUCAGAGGCCGCGGGUGCUGCCAAGAUGCCACUAAGUGCAGCUGGCAUCUUGAGCUCCUCCUCCAGCACUUCCAACAGGUCAAGGAACCGGACACGCUACCGGACCAAGGCCAUGAACUCUGAGGUUGAUGAGAGCCUCUUUGGUGGUGGCAAGUCCUCCCAGCAGGUCCGCUCUGAGAGCCCCAUUGUGCUUCUAAGGGACAAGCAAAGUAUCCAGAAGAGGUUGGGCUGGACCCACAAGCCAGAGACCAUCCAGCUUAUCACUCGAGACAUGGUCCGGGAUCUGGUAGUUCCUACAAAAGACCCUUCAGGGGAAUCUCUUAUCAUCAGCCCUGAGGAGUUUGAACGGAUCAAGUUUGCUUCCCGAGUCCUUACCAAGGAAGAGCGAGAUGCCAUUGAAGAGGCUCACAAAAAGGAAAAGACUGAUGUCUUGAAUGCAGUGACCCUUCGAAAGCAGAUGAUGAAACAGAAGGAGAUGGUACGACAGAAGAAUAGGAAGCUCAAUGACCUAGAGGAGGAGGCCAAGGAAAGGGCACAGAAUCUCCUGGAGAAAGCCAACACAAUGAGGAUGGAGCAAGAGGUUGAGGUCAAAGACAUGAGCCAGAUAAUCCGAAAUGCCAGGUGUCAUGCCAUCCGUGAUGCUCAGAUCCUGGAGAAGCAAUUAAUCCAGAAGGAGAUGGACACAGAGGAGAAGCGACUGGACCAGAUGAUGGAAUUAGAAAGGCAGAAGUCCAUUGAGAGGCAGGAAGAUCUAGUCAGAAGGCGGAAGGAGGAAAGAAUACGAGGAAGACGGCAUAUUAUCCAGCAGAUUGAAAAGAAUCAGGAGGAACGGUCACUGCAGGCGGAGGUCCGGGAGCAGGAGAUCCAGCAGAUGUUACAGUAUAUGGAGCAGCUCCAGGAGGAAGACAUAAAGGAUAUGGAACGAAGGCACCAGGAAAAGCUGAAGAUGCAGGCCGAGAUCAAGCGCAUCAAUGAUGAAAACCAGAGGCGAAAGGAGGAAUUACUGGCCCAGGAGAGGCUUGCAGACCAGAUGGUGAUGGAGUUCACCAAGAAGAAAAUGGCCCAAGAAGCAGAAUUUGAGGCUGAGCAAGAAAGAAUCCGAAGGGAAAAAGAAAAAGAGACAGCUCGACUGAGGGCCAUGCAGGAGAAAGCCCAGGACUACCAGGCAGAGCAGGAUGCCCUUCGGGCCAAGCGCAAUCAGGAAGUGGCAGAACGAGAAUGGCGCAGGAAGGAGAAGGAGAAUGCCCUAAAGAAAGCAGAAACUGAGGCGAUGCUGAGACAGAGCCGGCUGGACCAGGUGGCCUUCAAGGAGCAUACUCUGGCUGUGCAGGUGCAGCGGGAUCGAGAUGAGUUUGAGAGGAUCCUCAGGGCUCAGAGACAGCAGAUUGAAAAGGAACGUAUGGAAGAAGAGAAAAAAGCCCAGGAAUGCCUACUCCACGCAAAUGAGUUGCGGCGUCAGGUACGAGAGAAUCAGCAGAAGCAGGUACAGGAGAGAAUUGCCACAUUUGAAGAAGGCCGGCGCCUUAAGGAAGAGGCCCAGAAGCGGCGUGAGCGCAUUGAUGAUAUCAAGAAAAAGAAGAUGGAAGAGCUGAGAGCCACGGGCCUCCCGGAGAAGUACUGCAUUGAGGCAGAGAGAAAAGGCAAUAUUCUGUCAGCCACCUCGGUGAGCUCAGUGAAGGAGCUAUGAAUGGACUUUUUCCUAGGCCCCCAGCAGGAGCUGGCCUUUGACUUUGCCCCUUGGUUUCCACUAUUGCUGCUAACCCAGAGAGUUUACAAAUAGAGAUUGGAUUCAUUAUUCUUCUA